GAGGAGGUGGAGGAGGAGGCGGCUCGGGGAGAGCGAGCAGCGAGCCGGAGCGCGGAGCGUCAGUAAGGGAGCCUAGCCAUCCGCUGCCGCCUCCCCUCCGCAAGCAGGAGCCCCGGCCGGGGCCCGGCACGCCGCCCCCGCCCCUCCCUCGUCGUCAGGCCGCGAGGGCAGCGCGAGCGAGCGAGGGGGAGGGCUAGCGAGCGAGCGCCGGGAGGAGGCGGCCGGACCGAGCGGGCGCCCGCGCGUGUGGCGUGAGGGGAAGCCGCCUGCCCGCCCCCUUCGCCUUCCCUUCUCUCCCCCUCCCCGCUCCCCCCCCGACCGCGGAGCAGCACCAUGUCGGCGCCGGCGGCCAAAGUCAGUAAAAAGGAGCUCAACUCCAACCACGACGGGGCCGACGAGACCUCAGAAAAAGAACAACAAGAAGCAAUUGAACAUAUCGAUGAAGUACAAAAUGAAAUAGACAGACUUAAUGAACAAGCCAGUGAGGAGAUAUUGAAAGUAGAACAGAAAUAUAACAAACUCCGCCAACCAUUUUUUCAGAAGAGGUCAGAAUUGAUCGCCAAAAUCCCAAAUUUUUGGGUAACAACAUUUGUCAACCACCCACAAGUGUCAGCACUGCUUGGGGAGGAAGAUGAAGAGGCGCUGCAUUAUUUGACCAGAGUUGAAGUGACAGAAUUUGAAGAUAUCAAAUCAGGUUACAGAAUAGAUUUUUAUUUUGAUGAAAAUCCUUACUUCGAAAAUAAAGUUCUCUCCAAAGAAUUUCAUCUGAAUGAGAGUGGUGAUCCAUCUUCAAAGUCCACUGAAAUCAAAUGGAAAUCUGGAAAGGAUUUGACGAAACGUUCAAGUCAAACGCAGAAUAAAGCCAGCAGGAAGAGGCAGCAUGAAGAACCAGAGAGCUUCUUUACCUGGUUUACUGACCAUUCUGAUGCAGGUGCAGAUGAGUUAGGAGAGGUCAUCAAAGAUGAUAUUUGGCCAAAUCCAUUGCAGUACUAUUUGGUUCCUGAUAUGGAUGAUGAAGAAGGGGAAGGAGAAGAAGAUGAUGAUGAUGAUGAAGAAGAAGAAGGAUUGGAAGAUAUUGAUGAAGAAGGGGAUGAGGAUGAAGGUGAAGAAGAUGAAGAUGAUGAUGAAGGGGAGGAAGGAGAGGAGGAUGAAGGAGAAGACGACUAAUUGAACACUGAUGGAUUCCAACCUUUUUCUUUCUUUCUUUUGUUUUUUGUUUUUUUCUUUUGUUUUUUGUUUUUUUUAAUUCAGUCCCUGGGAGCAAGUUGCAGUCUUUUUUUUCCCCCCUCCCCCCCACCCCCUUGUGCUCAGUCGCCCUGUUCUUGAGGUCUCUUUUCUCAAACCAUGCUUCUCAACUUAUUUUGGGGGGAAAUACCUUGAGCAGAGUACAAUGGGAAAAGAAUCUCUACACCCUUCUGUUCUAAAUUCAUUUUUAUCCCUUCCUGUCUCAAAACAAAAAACUGUAUGGAAUCAACACCACCGUGCUCUGUGGGAAAAAAGAAAAACCUUCUACUCCCUUCACUCUGCUGGAAGUUGGAGGGUGCUAGGCCCCUGUGUAGUAGUGCAUAGAAUUCUAGCUUUUUUCCUCCUUUCUCUGUAUAUUGGGCUCAGAGAUUACACUGUGUCUCUAUGUGAAUAUGGACAGUUAGCAUUUACCAACAUGUAUCUGUCUACUUUUUCUUGUUUAAAAAAAGAAAAAAAAAAACUUAAAAAAAUGGGGUUAUAGAAGGUCAGCAAAGGGUGGGUUUGAGAUGUUUGGGUGGGUUAAGUGGGCAUUUUGACAACAUGGCUUCUCCUUUGGCAUGUUUAAUUGUGAUGUUUAACGGACAUCCUUGCAGUUUAAGAUGACACUUUUAAAAUAAAAUUCUCUCCUAAUGAUGACUUGAGCCCUGCCACUCAAUGGGAGAAUCAGCAGAACCUGUAGGAUUUUAUUUGGAAUUGACAUUCUCUAUUGUAAUUUUGUUUGUUUAUUUUUAAAUUUUCUUUUUUGUUUUCACUGGAAAGGAAAGAUGAUGCUCAGUUUUAAACGUUAAAAGUGUACAAGUUGCUUUGUUACAAUAAAACUAAAUGUGUACACAAAGGAUUUGAUGCUUUUCUCUCAGAAUAGGUAUACUUUUAAUAUGACCUUCCAAGUUUGACUUGUAUAAUAACAUCAUCGUCAAACUUUGUCACCCUAACUUCGUAUAUUUUGAUACGCACUUUGCAGGAUGACCUCAGGGCAAUGUGGAUUGACUAAAGGGAUUUGAAUCAAUGUCUUAAUGUCUCCGUAGCUGGGAAACAUGGGUACAAUUUGUUAUUGGUUUCUGAACAUGUCAUUUGGGAUAGUAGAAACUCAAAACUGAGUUAUGAGUGAUACCCUUGAUUUUUAUCUCAAAUUGGCAGUUUUUAAAGUAGGUCUUCAAUUACCUGGAUAUAGUAGUGCUUUGCUGCCACCAUCAAACAGACCUGGUGCUCUAAUGUCAAGUUGUUCGUGGGACAGUUGCUGGUAUGUCUUCAUUGGCUCUAUAAAGUGUGGCCAAGAAGAUGGGCUCUCAGAGUAAGAAGUCUGUGCUGGUGGUCAGGAAGAACUUUUUGUCUCUCUUAAGUCCCUGGUAUCUGGCAUAAAUCUCUCCAACGCCAAUGUGUGGAUCUGGGUGGGAUGAUGGACUCUGCUCUGUCUGCUCAAUGCUGCUGUGCAGAGAGUAGCAUUUUGAAAAGCUACCUAAUGCAUAAGCUUUUUAAUGCUGUAAAAUAUAGCUGAAAUUAAAUGCCACUUUUUCAAAGGUGAAUUAAUGGACAGCCUGGUCAAAUUCAAAGCUUUUUGUUGUAUAAAACUUUAUAUAUGGAACUAUUCCAUCAAUAGGCAAAGUGUAACCAAAACCUGUCUAGAUGGAUAGUAUGUAAUUUCUGCACAGGUCUCUGUUUAGUAAAUACAUCACUGUAUACCGGUCAGGAAAUCUUGCUCCAAUAAAGGAACAUAAAGAUUUU